AUGCCGACAACUCUCCCUGUGCCUUCAAAAGGUGCACUUCGAGCGCUCCGCAAACUCGCCCUCGGCACAUCAUGCACAAUCGCAUUCGGAGCAGGUCUGCUAACAGAAGACCGUCGACGUCGAAUUCAUUCUGCUAGGGAGGUCCACGAAAAUGCGAAGAAACUCAAGUCGUCCAGGAAAUAUCACAGUGCAGGCACAACAUCUUUGGAAGCAUUGGAGGGUCAAACUUUGCAAUAUCGAGAUGCAGCAUUCUGGCUACCGAGUAAUGUCUUGAAAAGCACAGCAUCUGCGGUACUGGGCCCUUCCGAAGACUCAGAUUGUUCCAGGACCGAAUCGCCGACAGAAGAUGAACUGCCAACGGAGCUCUCAGAUAUUCCGAAAUUUACACCACCUCAUCUUAGGGUUGCCAAAACGCCUCCCCUGAAUGAGCGCCGUCCACCGUUGGGACCCCGAACGUCUGAAAUGGCGGAUCAUCCAAAGCGGCAAGCUCACAAUCGCCAAAGAAAGCUUGCGCACGAUGUGAACAAGCUACUUGCACAAAGCCCGCCCAAUGUUGAUGAGGCUACUGCUCUAUUCUUCGACUCCCUAGAGGAAAGAUUGUUAGUAGACAAGUCCGGUCUAUCACAGUUGAUGAUUGAUGCCUCCGUCCAUCUUUCCAAGGCCUGCCAGCUGGAGUCUAUGUUUGCCAGCUCAGCAAGAAUUCUGGAUAUCAUUUUGGGCUAUGGGCCGAUCAAUGAAGAGGACUUUUGGGAGUUCCGUCCUCUCAGCGUCAUACGAUCGCUCAUCUCUGUCGAGGGGGAAAGGGAUCAUCCUCCAGUCGAUCCUGAACGCCUGGGAAAAGCCUGCUCAAUAUAUCUCACGACGUUCAGGGAGAAACCAAAAUCGAUGUCGUCAGAUGUGCGGCUCCUCGGUUGGGAUCUUUGUAAGGUGACUUGUCAGCAAGGCAUGUUUGAUCUGACUUUGGCGGUAUUCUCGCGGCUCGAGUCUUGUCGAGCUGGCGAAUCACCUAUAGCAGUUGAUUGUCUCCUAAAGGCUACCCACGGUAAAGGCCACCACAAGAAAAUCUUCCGGCAUUUCCAGAGACUGUACACACAAACCCGUCCAGACCAGACACAGUUUUUUCAAGUAUUGAGUCUAGUAAUCGACUCGAUGCUUGUUCUUGGAAAGUUAGAGCAGGCCGAGCAAGUUUUGCAUGCUGCGAACGUCAUGGCAGAGGGAGGUGAUCUAGACAUGUCAACAACAUGGUUCCUCAAAGUGCUUGGUGAGGAAUACAGGACACACCGCGACCUGGUCCGACUCCAGGCCCUGUUCAGACGCCUCCAACCACUAUAUCCACGCACCCGUCACCCACAAGCACUUUACGGUGCAAUGAUUCAAUUCUGUGUUGAGUCUCGUGAUGAGGAGCUGGCUUCAUCGUACUAUCGUGAGCUUCGCGAAUCGAUUGAUCCUCGCCCAGAAGACUUGCGUAUAUACGGUCAUUUUGCUCUUGCCAAGGCUCAUCAAGGAGACUGGGAAGGAGUCAAAGCAGAUUUCCAUAAGAUGAAGAAAAUUGUUCCUGAAGAUGAUGAAGUCUACAGUAAUAUUUUCACACCCAUCCUCAAGGAAUAUGCCAACUCGCACUCAAUCGACGAGAUUGAAGAUUUCGUCCAGUACUUCUUAGUCAGGUUCCACUUGAGAACGAAUUCUCUCAUUAUGAAUGCGAUGAUCGAUGUGUAUUCGAAAGUGCACGAAGUGGAUGCCAUCUCUCGGUGGAUUGCCUAUGCUACGGCGGAUGGAUAUCUAGUCAGAUCAACCACAUUUAAUGCCAUCUUGAGAAACUGCGCAUUACACUUCCAGUUCUCAUUUGAUGAGUGCUUUAAGUUAUAUUGCUUGGUCCAGGAACUCGGUUCGGAUGUGGUCGACAACAACUCCCUACGAAUCCUUCGAAACGUUGCCAUGAGUCGUUCCCCAAAUGAUGCAACCAGGAAUGAGAGGCUUCAAAAGCUGAAGCACCUAGAUGAUCCAGUCCAUAUCUCGGGCAGCAAUGAGGUCUAUCGAGCGAUGACAGCAACGUCUGCACAAGGAAAUCAUAUUGCAGUCCUCAAAAUCUACAAACGAGCUCAGCUUGAUCACGUCUAUCUUGAAGCUAAACAUCUGAAUCUUGCCGUUCGCGCAAGCCUGUUUCUUCAUGGUCCGAACGUGAUUGAGGCUGUGCGACUUAUACGAGACUCCCAAGGCAAUGGUAUGAUGGAUGUCACCAAUGCUAUAGCAUCCGUCUUCGUUCACCAGAUGUCAGAUCUAUACGAAGAUGGCAGUCAGGUAGAUACCCUAGCCGAGCUUGCUGAUCGAACCAUAUGUUCUUUCGAGGAAUGCAAAAUGAAAGUACCUCAGAAAGUGAUCACACACACGGCAAGUGUUCUUCAGCGACGAGGUAGGAAUCGCAUGGCAAUUGAUCUUUGGGACUCAAUGUCCCGGCGUUUGAAUAUUCCGAGCUCAAGUUUCGACCUUGCAAGUCUUACGACACUGCUGAAGGCAUACAUAGGGUUAAGAGAUGGCCACGGCGUUCGCUGGGUAUUCCAGAACCUAGUCUUCAACAAGCUGUCACCUGACGCUCAGCUGAAGUCAACGGUGAAAGAGGCACGGAGGGAGGUUCGGAAGCAAUUGAACACAAACCCAAAUUCCGAAAGGCUUCAUGAUUGGUGGACUAUGCUUGAUGAAGCUUACCAAGAGGUGAAGGGGAUGCGACAGGAAGCCCUUCUUAAGAAGGAGGAAAUCAAAAUCAAGGUUAUCAAGAUCAUGGAGACUGCUAUCGAGGACCAUGCGAUACAGGGCUGUACAGUAAAGGCAGAGCCGCAAGGGCACGGGCAAGAGGGCUGUCAAGAGAAAGGAGUAGAUAGUUGGGAAGCAGGAGGCAAUUGGGUCGAUCUCGAUACGGAGAUGUCUCACCGACCUGAACGACUCGUUAGUGCUGUUGGGAGCUGA